AUGGCUGUUGUUGUUUCGGCUAACGGUAAUGCUCCGGCUUUCGAAGCCAAGAUGACUGUCUACGUCUUCGUCUGCGUUAUGAUUGCCGCCGUUGGCGGUUUGAUCUUCGGUUACGACAUCGGAAUUUCCGGUGGAGUGACGGCGAUGGACGAUUUCCUGAAAGAUUUCUUCCCGGCGGUGUGGGAGAAGAAGAAGCUCGCUCACGAGAACAAUUACUGCAAGUACGAUAACCAGUUUCUACAGCUGUUCACAUCGUCUCUUUACCUAGCCGCGCUCGUGGCUAGUUUCUUGGCUUCCGCUACCUGUUCUAAGCUCGGACGCAAGCCCACGAUGCAGUUCGCUUCUAUCUUCUUCUUGAUCGGUGUUGGCCUCACUGCAGGAGCCGUUAACCUCGUCAUGUUGAUCAUCGGAAGAAUCUUGCUUGGCUUCGGCGUCGGCUUUGGCAAUCAGGCAGUGCCGCUUUUCCUAUCGGAGAUUGCUCCGGCACAGCUCCGAGGAGGACUCAACAUUGUGUUCCAACUCAUGGUUACAAUCGGAAUCCUAAUUGCCAACAUUGUCAAUUACUUCACUGCCACGGUUCACCCUUACGGAUGGAGAAUUGCUCUCGGCGGAGCUGGAAUUCCGGCGAUUGUCCUCCUCUUAGGUUCGCUUGUCAUCUGCGAGACCCCCACGAGCCUCAUCGAGCGCAACAAGCACGAAGAAGGCAAAGAAGCCCUAAGGAAGAUCAGAGGAGUUGAAGAUAUCAACGACGAGUAUGAAAACAUCGUCCAUGCAUGCGACAUCGCUAGUCAAGUCAAGGACCCUUACAGGAAACUGUUGAAGCCCGCGAGUCGACCACCGUUCAUCAUCGGAAUGCUUCUCCAGCUCUUCCAGCAGUUCACCGGAAUCAAUGCCAUUAUGUUCUACGCACCGGUUUUGUUCCAGACCGUUGGAUUCGGAAACGACGCAGCUCUUCUCUCUGCGGUUGUCACAGGAACCAUCAACGUUCUCAGCACGUUCGUCGGGAUUUACCUCGUCGACAAAACCGGCCGGAGAUUCCUUCUUCUCCAAUCUUCCGUUCACAUGCUCAUUUGCCAGUUGAUCAUUGGAAUCAUCCUAGCGAAAGAUCUCGGUACAACGGGAACACUCGGAAGGCCACAAGCACUAGUGGUGGUGAUCUUUGUGUGCGUUUUCGUGAUGGGAUUCGCUUGGUCAUGGGGACCUUUAGGAUGGUUGAUCCCUAGUGAGACAUUUCCUUUGGAGACACGAAGCGCAGGGUUCGCUGUUGCAGUCUCGUGCAACAUGUUCUUCACGUUCGUGAUAGCGCAGGCUUUCUUGUCGAUGCUUUGCGGGAUGAGAUCGGGAAUAUUCUUCUUCUUUGCUGCUUGGAUCAUUGUGAUGGGACUGUUUGCGAUGUUCUUCGUGCCGGAGACGAAAGGAGUCGCCAUUGAUGACAUGAGAGAGAGUGUGUGGAAGCCACAUUGGUUCUGGAAAAGGUAUAUGCUUGAGGAAGAUGAUCGUCAUGACGUGGAGAAGAGAAGUGUUUGA